CUGAAUCCGGAUUAGCCCAGUCCGGUAGCUGUUCUUGAUCUUAACAACAACAACAACGGAAUAUUUGGGUGAAGAUGGCGGGCCUUCGUCAGUUACUGCGAGCUGGACCAGUGGCACGAUCAUGUGUGCAACUACGAAGUACUGCUUUAGAGCAUACUGUUGCAGGAACUGCACCACGUGGCAAGGGUGGCAUCUGUUUUGAUUUAUCGGAUGAACAAAAGGAGAUUCAGCAAUUGGCUAGGAAGUUUGCUCGGGAGGAAGUACUUCCAAAAGCAGCUGAACUUGACCGCACCAUGGAGUACCCUUGGGAAUUAAUUAAAAAGGUAUGUGAAUGUUGUGAAUAA